AUGCAGAAACCCAAGAAUGAAUGUGACACUCAGUCACUGACUGACAGUGUAACGGACUACCCCGUGGAGAAUGGGAGACGGUAUCACAAGUACCAUGAGGGAGCCUAUCUCUAUCCCAACGAUGAGCAGGAGCUCGAUCGUCUGGAUAUGCAGCACCACAUGUUCAAGAUGGUGAUGGGCGGGCGGUUAUUCAACGUCCCUCUGAAAGAGCCCCAACAGAUCCUCGAUAUUGGCACCGGGUCGGGAAUAUGGCCAAUCGAAUUGGCAACUCAAUUCCCACACACCGAGAUUACAGGCACGGAUCUGUCUCCUGUGCAACCGACCGAAGUUCCCGAGAACGUGCAUUUUCUAGUCGACGACGCUACCGAAGAUGAGUGGCUGUGGGGUCCGAACUACUUCAACUUUAUUCAUAUCUCGCAUAUGACUGGGGCCAUGCCCUCAUUUAAACGCCUGCUGCGCCAGACAUAUAAAUACCUCAAGCCCGGCGCCUACAUCGAGUGCCAGGAGAUGGACCCGAAACCCAAAUGCGACGACAACACCAUGCCCCCGGAGAACCCAGACGGGUACAGCGCAUUUGCACUCCACGACUGGUUCGACUUAAAUAUGCGCUCGAGCCAGGAUGUCGACCCACCCCGCCAGUUCCGCAUCGCCCACCGCAUCGAGCAGUGGAUGAAGGAUGUCGGCUUUGUAGACGUCAAGCAGCACGUCCACAAGAUCCCCACCAACACCUGGCCGCAAGAUGAGCGCAUGCGCAACAUCGGCGCCUGGAGCGAAAGUAACUGGCUUGAGGCCCUGUCCGGCUGGUCAUACAAGCCCUUCCUCGCUCUGGGGUGGUCCAAGCCCGAGAUCGAGGUUUUUCUGGUCGACGUGCGGAAAAGUAUCCAGGACCGGAAUGUGCAUGCCUACAUGAACUACCAUGUGGUAACGGGGAGAAAGCCUUUUCCGGAUGAAAAGUCCUCAUGA